AUGUCGUCAACCUACACCGUCACAGACUACCUCCUCGACCGGGCCAACAUUCACGACACGGUGACAAAGCUAGCAUGGUACUACGACACCCACUCAGAGGCCGGCCUGCGUGACGAGGUCUUCGCCCCAGAACUUCGCGUCGACUACUCCAAGAUCCUCGGCGGCGAGCCCUUCACCAUCGCCGGCCCCGACUGGGCGGCCCAGGCCAAGGAGCUCGUCGAGAAGUUCGACUCGUCGCAGCAUCUCUACGGGCACUUCCUCAUCGACCUGCCUCAGCCCGGCUCAUCAUCGCGCCCGGACAAGAGCACCGUCCUCGGGCAGUGCGGCGCGUCGAUGGUGCGCCAGGGGGCCAGUGGGGAAGGUAGCCUGCUGCAGAACGGAGGCCAAGCGACCAUCGAGGUCAUCCGUCUGCCAGAGCCCGAGGCUAAGGGGGUGAAUCCGUGGAGGAUCAGCAGCCAGGCCGUUGCCCCGGCGUGGGUGCUGGGGAACAAGGGCGUCCUCGAGGGACUCCACGCACAGGGCUCGUAA